UUUGUUGUUGCACCACACCCUUGUGCAACUACUUUAAUUCCCUCUUGGCUCCAUGCGUUGUUUAGACCAGUGCUCUGAGAAAAACAAACAUUCUCUCUGGUUAUAUGGAUGAUAUUAUCUGCAGUCAAAAGAUUCUUGGAGUCUUUCCUGUCGGAUUCAACCCCCUCCUGUCCUGUGAGGAUGUCCUGUCAGUGUGACGGUGGAGCAACCAGGCGCGUUAGAGGGAGAGGGUAGAGCUUAUUUUGCCCUACAGCCCAAUGUAUGGCUAGAUCCCACACUACGUUCCAGUCAAGCAAAGCCUCCAGUGAUAUUUCUCCAGGACUGCUUCUACCAAGGGCUCAACCCUGAGAGCCUCAUCUGCGGUAACCACAUAGCAAGAACAUGACGUACGAUCUACACAACUCGUCGUACGACUUCUACAACGGCACGCCGUGGUUUGUCUAUGACUGCACCAUCCACCUAGAUCCGGAUGGCCGACGGAUCACUCUUUUCCUCCUUUACCUAGUGCUCUUCAUGGUAGGGUUGGCCGAAAACACCCUGGUGGUGUGGGUGAACUGGCGAAGGCGGCAUUCGGCGAAUGGCGUGCUGUUCUGCGUCAUCAACGUGAGCUUGUCCGACUUGAUGGUGAUCUUCACCAUGCCCUUCUUCAUGCUGGAGGUGACCUUGGACAAGGUUUGGCUGUGGGGCCGCUUCCUUUGCAAGGUCACGCACCUUGUAUAUGUCAUAAACUUCUACAGUAGCUCCUUCUUCCUGGCCUUCAUGACCUUGGAGCGAUACCUGUCCCUGACGCGGCCCAACAAGCCCGCCUGCUUUCCGACGCAGCACAAACGCCGCUGGUUUCUCUGCGCUGGGAUCUGGCUCCUGUCGCUUGUGCUGGCCUUGCUAGAAAACGUCCACGUCGACUUGUUGGAGUGGGACGAACCAGGCUGCUACUUGGUUCCUGAGCAGUACUACACGGAGUGGUUCGUGUCGGUUUCCUUCCUCUGCCUGAUAUUCCAGUUCCUGGGUCCGGCGUCUGUCAUCAUCACCUGCAACGUCCUGAUCGCCCGAGCCAUCCGCAGAGUCCCGGACAUCCAGAAUCGCCGGGACGUGUGGUUGGUGCACAUGUACUCACUGGUCUUUGUGGCCUGCUGGCUACCGUACCAUUUGGUGUUGUUCUUGUUGACAGUGGACGACCUGGACCCGCACCUGUUCUCCUGCAACAUGGUCGGGGUGCUGUACUUCUCUUUUAGCCUUGUGCAAUGCUUGUCGCUCUUUCACUGCAUUGCCAACCCAAUCCUCUACAACUUCCUCAGUAAGAGCUUCCGCAACAAUCUAAUAAAUGCAGUGAUCAGCCGCAUCUCUUUACCGCCGACCAGUGCGCCAACUAACGCUGUAGCCGACAACGCAGGGACAACGGCGGUAAAAGAGCGGAAGCUCAGUAACGCCAGCACGAGUCACUCUGACAUUGGCGCGUGAAGAGGGAAACUCCUAAAUGACGAUUUGGUGAAACACAGCACAUGAAUGUGCUACAAAAGAAAUGGCCUUGUUGAGGCCAUUGUUUUUGGUCAGUUGCCUGGUAACUACCCAUAUUUUCUCCUGUUUUUCUCACCUCAGUAUUGCUAACAGUGCAAGGAAGGAAAUAUUGUCAACCUUUCGUAACCUUUAUUUCCACCGGUUCCUAUUGUUAUAUCUAGGAACUCCUUGACAAGUAAUAAAAGCUCUGUCCACAUGCCAGUAUUUGUACAAAGACUGUUUUGAUUGUUCUGCUCAACAAAAACUUUCACUUAGCUGUCCAUAUGCGCAAUCACGACACCUAGAGCUGUUUUAUUGGCCUUUGAGCUCAGCAACUUACGUGUACAUAUUGUGGAUGUGAUGUCAUGGGGAAAAAAUUGAAUACAAUUUUUUUUAAACAUGUUUGAGUGAAAGUGGCAAAUUGUGUAGGCUAAUACCAAUUCUUGUUGGCAUGUGCUGCUCCAAUGACAAAAAAAAAGUCCACUAUAGAAAUGUAUGUUGGAUAUAAAUACGCUGUAUUUAACAUUGAUAAGUAGUGGUGCGGUGUUAAAAUUAUGUGAAUAUGGCCAAAAUUUAACUGUUAAAAAGACAAGACUCUGGGAAGUUUCGUAAGUACUGAGUUUAUUCAGAACACUCCAGUUGUAGUAAAAGAGAAUUAAUUUCUGAUAGUGACACUGAACAUGAAUAAAUCAUAUAAAUAACACUGAAGUAAUAUAAGGCAAUUGUUUCAUGUUGAAAAUAAAAUGUAGUAUCAAGUCAAGAUAUUUAGUUUUAUGAUCACAACAUCAGCUGCAAACCGUGGCAAAGCACUGGUAAUGUGCAUUUUUUUCCUAAAAAUAAAACUGAUUGACUGAUAAAAAUGUUAAAACCAGGCAUUUUAUAAGGUUCAGCCGGUAUUUUCUGUGCUACAUUACAAAUAAAGCUAUACCAAACACAAUGUCCCAGCAGUUUUGAAUAGAUACUUUGUGGUUUGACCAAUGACAUCAAUUAUGAAUGCACCGGUGUGCUAAAUCCAUUUUGAAUUGAACAAGAAAUGAUUUAAAUGUACAAUGUAAAAUUGUCCAAUAUAAGAAAGAAAAAGCAUAUAACUGCUGCGAAAAUGGUACAGAAGAGCAUCACAGCUUUCUAAAGAGAAUUGUUAUUUAUUCAUGACACAAAACCAUUUGCACAAAACACUCUGAUAUGUCCCGAGUGAAGAAAGUGAACACUGCAAUAUGAACUGACUUAUGUAUUAGCACCUCAGUCUGAAUCGCUUCUCUUUUCCGAAUGAAAUGAAUUAUGCAAGAAGAGUUUUGCUUUAUGUAUAACAUCCAAACUAUAUGAUACUACAUCUCAUAAACGAGUAACUAUUUCUAAUUUAGUCUGUCAAUGAUAUACAACACUACUAUAAAAAUAAUGGCAAUUCUAUAAAAGAAAAGUACCGUUAUAUAUUUAUUUAUU